GAAAGAGCCGGCUGGUCGCGAGAGGAGCCUCCCUUCCCGUUCGCCCGUGAGCCAGCCGCGCGACCCCUUCGACUGGACACCGCGCCGCUAUCCAGUUCCACCACGGCCGAGAUACUCCGGGAAAGUGUUGGUUAAAGAGUGCUCGUUCACGUGACUCUACCCACCGGCUACACGACUUCCUACGGAAAAUGGCAUCUGGAGUAACAGUUGCAGACGUUUGCAAGACAACGUACGAAGAGAUAAAGAAAGACAAAAAGCACCGAUAUGUGAUCUUCUACAUCAAAGAUGAAAGACAGAUAGAUGUCGAAGUCAUCGGACCUCGCGACGCGGCUUACGACGCCUUUCUUGAAGAUCUGCAGAAGGGCGGCAGCGGGGAGUGCCGCUACGGUCUGUUCGAUUUUGAAUAUACUCAUCAAUGUCAGGGUACUUCCGAGGCAUCCAAGAAACAGAAACUGUUCUUAAUGUCGUGGUGUCCCGACACGGCCAAGGUUAAGAAGAAGAUGUUGUACUCGAGUUCCUUUGACGCUCUGAAAAAGUCGCUGGUCGGUGUGCAAAAGUACAUACAGGCGACGGAUCUAUCGGAGGCCUCCGAGGAGGCUGUUGAGGAGAAACUUCGAGCUACCGACAGGAAUUAGGAGUAUUCCAAUAAAAUCCAAAACCUAUUAUGAGAUAAGAGAAAAAAAAUCAAGGAAUACGAUACAUUGUGAAUUAACUUCCCAGAAACAAACAAAAAGAAAAAAAGGAAAAAAAAACAGUAAUGCUCUAUACUGUCGUUGCAUCGAGGGUUCACAUUUUUACACAUUUUUCACUUUUAAAGGAGACCGAUUAUCAAGUAUUUUGCGCUACGUAUAUUAGUCACCAGGGGAAUGUAAGCAUUAUUAAUAUCAAAAAUGAACAGGAAUGAGAAAAGAAGGAUAAACAAGGGGGUAUCCCCUUUCAUACCGCGAACGUUGUGUGAAUCUGUCUGAUAUAAUAUUAAUAUACUAUUAUUAUAUAAUUAUAAGAUAAUUGUAUAAGAAUACAAAAACAAUUUACAACCAGUCAAGCAGUAAGAAUGAAAUUAUUAUACUUUUUUUCUCACAGACUGUAUAACAUUUAAAUUAAAUUCAUUUCAUUAUGACUUCUCGUUAUGUCCUGUUAGUAAAACCCAUUACAUUUCCGAUCAUAUUUCUGCACACAAAACCGAAACAGACUGGAAAAGAUGUGAUAAGAAGAAAUAAAAUACGAAAAAAAUUAA